AUGGGAAAAACAGCUUUAUUAAUCAUCGAUCUACAAGAAGAUUUUCUUCCGCCAAACGGAUCACUUGCUGUCAAGAAUGGUAGGGACAUUAUUAAUCCUAUCAUUGAUUUAAUGACCAACAAGAAGUAUGAAUGGGAUACGGUGGUGGCAACAAAGGACUGGCAUCCACAGGGCCACAUUUCAUUUGCAAGCACUCACAAGCAAGAACCGUACAGCACCAAGCUCAUUGCAUGUCCAGAUGGGAAACAAGAGGCCAAACUUCACACUCUCUGGCCGGAUCAUUGUGUCCAGGAGAGUAGUGGAUCCGAAUUUCCAAAAGAAUUUUUGGACGUUUUCAAUGAAUUCAAGUACAGACAAGACCCUCCAACAAAGUUGAUACUAAAGGGAUACCUACAGGAUCGGGAAUACUACUCUUGUUUCCAAGAUAUCUGGGGGUUGCACAAGACAGAAUGUGCAAGCUACCUAAAUGACUUGGGAAUCACCAAUGUUGUUGCGGUUGGCAUUGCAUACGAUUAUUGUGUCUUGAAUUCCUGUAUUGAUUCACAAAAGAACGGCUUCAACACGUAUGUUGUGAGUGACUUAACAAGAUCUGUGCAACCGGAAAAGGAUUCCGAGACAUCCGCCAUUUACGAAAAGAACGGAGUUGAGAUCAUCAAGUCCUCAGACCCACUUUUGGAAAAGCUCGUGGGAGCCUAUUUAUGA